AUGGAAAAAGGGCUUGUCGUGGUUUCGAAUAAAGUAAAAAGAAGAGAAAUAGAUAAGUCUAAAAAUAAGGGAAUGAAUUAUAUAGAGAAUUAUGGUAUGAACAACCAUAAAAAGGUAACAUAUAAUAACAAUAAUAAGAAAACAAAUAACAAAAAUUUAAAACCAACCAAUACAAAUUCUGAAAUAAGAAACUACAGUGACAAUAAUGAAAACGAUCCUUUCUGCUAUGAAUGCUAUCAUGGAGGAAAUUUAAUUUGUUGUGACAACUGCAUCAGAUCCUAUCACAUAUACGUAAGCCUAUUCUUUGAAGCUGAUAAGCCUCAACAAAAUUAUAACUAUUGGUAUUGCCCCCUCUGUAAAAGAAGUGGCGUAACUAUUGAUAUUUCAUUAAAAAAAAGGAAGAAAAUAAAAACCAUAAGUACAUGCGAAGAAAAAAAAGAAAAGGUUAAACAAAAAAGUGAAGGGAGUAAUUAUACAGGUCAGAUCAAUGUGGGGGAAAAUUACCAAGUGUCCAAUGUCUCAACCUUUUUUUUAAAUAGCCAUUCAGAAAAAUAUGAUGAGCCGAACAAAUCCGAAUUAGUUUACUCGCCAUACUUAUUAGAACGGAUGAAAGAAAGCUACUUAAGUGAGGGACAAUACGAAUUAGUUAUCAAAAAUGAUUAUGAAUUGUCUAUUUUUAUAAAAGAGCUAGCCAAAAAUUGGAAAUGUCAAUUGGGGUGGCACCCAUUUACUCCUGAAUACGCCUUCAAGAUUUUACAUCGAGUUGAUUACAACCCAAGGAGAGCUAUAGAAUUACUAAAAAGUUCUGAUUUUAAUUUUUUAGAAAUUUGUGACCCCCCAAUACGAAAAUACGAGAAUAAGUGGAGACCUCGCGAUAAAAGAGGCCAAAUAUCAGACUCACCUUAUCCCUCCUCAGAGUUGCUACAAAGUUACAUCAAGCGCUCUGUUGAAAUUUCGCUAGAUGAAAAGAAAUACAGUUACAGAAUUAAUGAAAAAAACAAAUAUUAUUGCGAAAUAAACAAAAAUAAUAUAAUUGAAUCUAGUUACCCUCAUGAAAGAACAAGAAAUGCUUUGAAAAAAGAACUAGAUGAAGACGAAGACGAAGAUGAAGUGGAAUUAGAGGAAGAAGAAGAAGAUGGGGUCUUAGCUGAAGAGGAUGAGGAGGAAGAAGAAGAAGACGACUACGAUGAAGAGGAUAAGGAUGAUGAGGAGUACUACGGAGAAGAUUACAAAUAA